AUGAAAUCAAGUGCAGUAUUUAUGCUGCUGUCCCUGGUGCUCAUUCUGAAGAAUGCACAUUUCCAGCCUGCGGAGAACAAUUGUAAAUAUUUUGCAAAGAACUUACCUCUCAGGCUCCGAGAGCUAAGGGUCACAUUUAAUAAGGUUAAAGAUUAUUUUCAAGCCCAAGAUGAUGAGCUAGACAUCAUGCUCUUAAAAGAGGAUUUACUGGAAGAUUUCAAGGGUUAUUUGGGCUGCCAGUCAGUGGGAGAAAUGAUCCAGUUUUACCUAGAAGAUGUGUUGCCAAAAGUGAGCACAAGUAAUACAAUUGACCAACAAGUUGGCUUUCUUGGAGAUAUGCUGCUGGAUCUGAGACAGACAGUCAAGAGAUGUCACAGAUACUUCAUAUGUGAAAAGAAGAGCAAGACAAUAAAGAACAUCAAAGACACCUAUGAAAAGUUACAAGAUAAAGGCAUCUACAAAGCAAUAGGAGAAUUUGACACCUUCAUUAACUACAUUGAAGAAUACCUUAUGAUGAAGAUGAGAAAAUGAAAUUACAAGUGGUGGAAUCUUUUUCCAAUGGGAACACUGUUAUGCAUAUCCUUAUGCAGCUCCAAGAUGGAAAAUGGUGCAAAACAUGUUACAAUCAAUAGCAAUGUAUUUAUUAACUCAGAUACCUCAGUUUUUAUCCAUGUGUUACAUUUUUUACACUUUUUCAAAAUGGAAAACCUGAUACAUAAUGUACCAAUGUUUUUGCACAGAGCAUUAUUUCCCUCUUAUUUGAAGGUUCCAAUCAUUGUAUUUUUCCAGGAAAUUCUUUUUAGGAGGUAAUAAGCCAUGGUUUUGAAGCAUACCUGUAUGAUGGUCAAAUAAAUGGAAUACAGAAAUAUAGAAAGAUGCUGUCGUUGUUGUUGUUAACUCCU